GAACGAGAUUGGCGGGAAGUACAGCACAGAACCCAACAAAAUUCUCAAAGAAUUUUAACCCUAAACCCUAUACAAAUACGCAGAUUUCCCUCUUCUUCAGCUUCUUCCUCUCUCUCUCUCUCUCUCUCUCUAUCUAUCUAUGUACAUACGUGCAUACAUAUAGAACUCAAGAGUGUUGUUUGUUCUGGGUUAAAUGGGGAAGGCAAAGAAAGCUAGGGUUUCGGAAGAUCAAGAGCGUCAGGAUGAUGUCGACAUUUCUUCUUCUUCCGCUCAGAAGAGCUUAUACGAGGUUCUUGGUGUGGUGAAGACAGCAUCUCAACAAGAAAUAAAAAAAGCAUAUUAUAAGUUGGCAUUGCGGUUACAUCCUGAUAAGAAUCCUGGUGAUGAGGAGGCAAAAGAGAAGUUCCAGCAAUUGCAGAAGGUGAUAUCAAUUCUUGGUGAUGAGGAGAAAAGGGCAAUCUACGAUCAGACUGGUUGCAUUGAUGAUGAUGACCUUGCAGGAGAUGUUAACAAUUUGAAGGAGUUCUUCCAAACCAUGUAUAAGAAGGUAACUGAGGCUGACAUUGAGGAGUUUGAAGCAAACUAUAGAGGAUCUGAUUCAGAGAAAAAUGAUUUGCUUGACCUGUACAAAAGAUACAAGGGUAAUAUGAACAGGCUUUUCUGUUCGAUGCUCUGCUCAGACCCUAAGCUGGAUUCUCAUCGAUUCAAGGAUGUACUUGAUGAUGCAAUAACUGCAGGAGAUUUGAAGUCAACGAAGGCAUAUCAGAAGUGGGCUACGAAAGUAUCUGAAACUAAACCUCCUACUAGUCCUUUAAGACGCAAAGAGAAGUCAAGGAAAGGGUCAGACGAUUUAUAUGCAAUUAUAUCCCAACGCCGAAAUGAGAGGAAAGAGCAAUUCGAUUCCUUUUUCUCAUCCAUGGUCACAAAGUAUGGGGGUGGCGUGGCACCCUCAGAACCCACAGAUGCAGAAUUUGAAGCUGCAAGAAAGAAGCUCGAAAAUCGCAAGGCCUCCAAAUCAUCAAAGCGGAAAUAACCCAGUCAAGAUCUCAAAAAGGAUUCUUGUUUGCUUCCCUAGGACCCAACUUUCUUUCCGGGAAUUGUGCCCCAGUAUCUUGUUUAUUUGUAUGGAACUGCAAAUUCUGGAUCCCACUGAACAGUGGUUUCAAAAGCUGUGGGAUCCUUCUCCCGUUGUAAAUAUUCCAGCUGCUCUACUGACUUGUAACUUGGAAGCGGCCAAUGUGGCUGAUGACAAGCACAAAUUGAGAAGUUUCUGAGUAGCUACUAGGUGAAGUACAAUAGAGCAUCUGAAUCUCCUUUCAUUGAUCCUAGAAUGACUGUAGAUUCUUUGGGUUCUGUUGGGACAAAUGCAUGAAAGGGCCAUUUGAAGUGAAUGCAAACAAAGGCUACACCAGCUAUUUGG